CACAGUAACGGAGACCUGAAAACAACUCCUUCCGCCCAUGCAGCCCAAGGAACCAGGUAGCGUGGACAGAGGAGCGGCGGGGUGGAAGCUUCUGUCUGCGCGCGGGAGAAGGGAAGAAGCCUAAGCCCUGAGCUGCACAGGGAGUAAGAGUUGCUCUUGGUCCUGGCUCUGGGUAAGAGAGGUCCAAGAAAGUGUAGGCGGAGCACGUGGGGGAUCAUAAAGGGACUGUAGGAGGCGCUCUCCUUCGGGGGGCAGCAGAUCUCCCCUUCUCCUUCCUCUUGAACUUGCCGGAAUUGCUUCUGUCGUUAAUCCUCCGCGACUCCUCCAGCCCCAUCAACCAGGAGAGGGGGGAGCCACCCGCAGUGAGAUUGCAGCCCUAUACCAGGGCUCACUGAUCCCGUGGCGCAGUGAUACUAUCCCCCAACAUUUCCUCUUUUAUUUAAUUUUUGAAACUUUUCAGAAGGUUUUUUUUCUGUUUUCCUUCUCCCACCACUAUUGUCCCAUGUCGCUUCUCAAUGCUUCCUCUCUGCGCUUGCUUUGUCCUUGCCUUUCUCUGAAUCUCUGAAUUCAGCUUCAUUUAUAUAAAAGUUGCAUAGUAGAGGGCUCAGCAAGUUAAACAUGUUUUUAAACGUGUAAGUGAAAGGUAAUUCAUACAGUUAGGCCAGGGGCCUUUGGUUCUUUGCGGGCUUCUGCAGUGGCAAAGGGUGACUUGCCAAUCCCCUUUCUCAGUUUAAUUGCCAAGACUAAUGCUGUGGCUGCAUGUGUUUGUCUGGAGGUAGUUUGGGCCGAUGCAAAAUUUUCCCAUGCAAGUUUAAAUCCUUUGCAUUACAAUAUAUAAAAAUGUCAAUACUCUUUCUUUUGUUUUAGUCUUCUUAGUUCCUUGAGUGAACUCAGAACUCAAGGAAUGUUCAUGAGGAAUUGCAGUUCGUGGAUGACAAUGCUAAGAAUAUAGUCUAUAGUGCAAGCACAUCACAUCGUUGGAAAGUAAAUUAUAUAAUAAAGGUGACAGAAACUGUGAAGAUUUAUUGGUGCAGAUUUAGAGCAAACUACUUCCAAAGAACAAAGGAUGAGGCCCUGAGUAAGCAGUGACAAAACAGCAUAAUUUCAAAUUCUGACUUAAGCACCAUGUUCUUUUUAUGGUUUUCAAUAUAAUUGACAAUCCUCUUGACUUUGAUAGUGGAUGUCUAACAAUGGAAUGAUGGCUUCAGAUGACUACAUUCUCCAUUUUGUAGUCCAAGAAGACAAUAAAUGUGAACAAGUUACAAAAAGUAGAAGUCCAAGUGAUUCUCCUAGUAGGGUAUGCAAGAGCACCCAAAGCAAAUGCAGCACUAAAGUUAGCCACUGUAGUAAGUGUUCCAGUCAGUGUGGAACUUUUCAGCUUGACUAUUCCAACGACUUCAACCAGGAUGUUUCAAGAAGGGCUAGCAGCAGCAGCAGCAGUUAUUCAGAGCAGAACAGCUGCAGAAAUUCUCAGGUCUACUAUUAUGAAGAUUUUCACACAUACUCUUCAGAAACCCCUUGCAGCAAUGGCAGUGGAUACAGCAGUAUUUUAGAACAGCCAGAAACCAAAGAGGAGGAAUUAUCAAUGAAAACAAAGGAAAAUGAUCACCAAGCCAAAGGUAAGAAGGUGGUGGACCACACUGAUCACUGCUAAUGUUAGCUUACUGUUGACAGAUUAUGACAGAACUAAUGAAGACCAUGGCUUUGCUGGAGAACUGACAGUUGUGCUUCUCCAUUUUUAUUGCUGAAGUGCCCCUUGUUCAAAUGCUAUAUUUUUUUGGAAACCACUUGUCUGUAGGAAGAAGCAUUAAAAAGAGGGAGAGUAGGGCGCAGAGGAAAGAAAGGCAGGGCAAAACCAGAUGGAAAGGAGAGUUGAAGUCAGCUAGUGCCUGCUUGUAUGUUGUGUUUUGCUAGACGUUCCCAUAGCUUUGUGGGCAGCCCUCCGGGGUCUGUAUGACAGCUCUCCAUCCCAGCACUAGUAUUUGAGUUGGCAGUCUGUGGGUGAAGUUCUGAGGCAAAGUUAACCUUCAGCAUUACCUUCAAGCUUUGUAGUUUUCAUGUGUGCAAAGGAGACAGAAAAGAAUUGAAAGCAUUAUGAAUGAAAACAAAUGAUGGCAAUGGCAUAGUAAAAUCUAUAAUUCACCACAUUAUUUUAGAACUACCUGUUAUCUUGAAAAAUGUGUGUGUAAAAUUAAGAGAUAUGCCCUAAAUAUAUUUUGCAACACUCCCUCUUCCAGCAUCUGCUCCAAAGAACGUUAAAUCCCAAAUGAAACUAAUUGAAUUACUUGAGGGAAAUUGCUAUGGUUUCUUCUCCCUUGAAAGCAAAGCUCUGAACUGUUGGAAAGCAAUAAAUGAGCAUAGUCCCGGUAACUUUAUUGAUUUCACACCUGCUUCUUUCGAUCAUGCAAUGUUUUCAAGCAAAAGAGAGAAGCAAUAUGUUUUUUAUUUGCUAUGAAGGCAUACUAAUUCAUAUCUAGCCCACCUUCCUUCCUUCCCCAUCACCCUGCAAUGUAAUGAUAAUCAUGCCCUUCUCCUUCUACCUUUGUCUAGGCAAACUUCCCCUGUAUUCAUCCAUUCUAUUUUCCACCCCAACAUGUCACUGCCCUUGCUCAUUGUUUCCCUACCACAAUCACAGUGUGCUUUGCAUGCUAUGUCCAGAGUUCUCCCCAGACCCAGCAUCAACACAUGGCAUCCUCAGGCACCUUUCAGAACAGGGUGCACCACUGAAACCUGGUCUGGGCCUCCUGUUGACUACUGGGGCUCUGGGACCUGCUAUUUGAAUUUGCCACAAUGCCCCCAACAUAGUAUGGCUCUGGGGCACCGUGGGAAAUUAAAAUGGCAACCCUAAUUAGGGAUACAGAAGCCACCAUUUUAAUUUCCCACAGUGCUCUGGAGUGAUGCUAAAUUGUGGUGAUGUAUUGUGAAAUAUUAAAAUUCCCCUACCCAGACCCACCCCCUGGGAAUUCGACAUCAAUGGUGACUGCAACACUCUGAUGAAUGCCAGGUAAUCAUGUCAGGAGAACCUAGAUACAAGCCAUCAAACCUGGAGCCAACACUGACUUUCUGUUCUUGUACAUAUGGGUAUAUAUAGGAAUGUAGAUUGCAUAGACCUAAAUAAAGCUUCAUUUAUGGACAUGCACAUUGCUUUAACUUUUCUGAAUCUGUGCUUUACUCUAAAGGAGCUGAAUUCCAUGCAGCUUACACUAUCUACUGUCGAAUGAGCAUGAUGCCCAUUAAUUAAGAAACGCUGUUUUGAAAAUCUGUAGAACCUGUAACUCUUUGAAAGAAGGAGUUACACAAAAACAGUGUUUGAACAUCAUAGGGAGCUAAGGCAUAGAACAUGGGUAGGCAAACUAAGGUCUAUGAACAGAACGUGUUGAAAUGGUCUGCAGACUAGAAAAAAGAGAAAAAUAACAAUUUCCGGAUAGAAGUAAAAUAGGUUUACAAUUCCAAGUUAAAAAAAGCAAAAACCUAAAACUGAAUUUUGUAUUGGAUCUUCACUAAGACAACUAAAAAUUGAAAAGAAAAGGUUUAAAAAUGAAAUUAAAAUAGAGGGGAUACUUGUAUGGAUGUAUUUCCUCAGAAUUCAGAACCCAAAUCUCUUUUUUUCUGAGUUUAGAGACCUUUACCUCCAAUGAGGUUAACUUACUGAUUAGUUCCUUGGAAUGGAAAGUUUGUUUUGUUUUUCUUUUGCUUUCCAGGACUUCAUAUUCCUUGGUAAGGGCUCUAGACUGUAGUGUUUGGCGGGGCAGAGUGGGAUGGAGCGGCUUCCCAGCGCCAGUUUCACUUCUGGGUACCAAAAGUGGGAGGUGGGAAGGUGGUUCAGUGCAGUGGCGCGGGUGGAGCCAGUCUGAUGUUUCCUCGCCUCUGUCCCUCUCAGUAACCAGCAGCGUGGCUGCCGUUGGGAAGCCAGGUGAGCAGUGCAGCUCCCCCCCACACACCGCCUGCCCCACUGCUACUCACUUUUUUGUUUUAUCUGAUUUAAGAAUGUGGAGAAAUGCUCUGUGUAUGCAUUUGCGUUUUGCGUGCUUUUGAAAACAUUUCUGUGACCUCUCACGUCGGAGUGUAACUGCCAACUUCGAGGCCUUGUUCAGUUACUGUGUUUUGCAAGCCUGUUUAGCAGUAGCUGCUUACUUAGAGACAGCUGCUGUUCUUUUUAAUAUAGCAUUUCAAGAUUGCUAUUAUUCCUGCAGGUAUUUUAGACGAAGUAUGCUUCUGUAGUUUUAAUUGGUUUCCAUUUUUUUUAACUUUCUGUAUCUUUAGAAAACCACUUCAAGUUAAGUUGUGGUUAAGCGGUAUAUAAUUUCUUUAAAUAAAUAAAUAUUUUUUAUAAAUAAAUAAAACAAGAUGCCAUCCAGGAAUAUAUGGAGGCAAACCCUCCAGGACUGCUGCUGCUCCACAGAUGCAUAAUUUGUCUUGGACUAGUAUUCCCAGAUUUUUUCUCCUGUUGAACAUUGAUGUCACCUGUAUGAAAUGGAGUCAGGUAAAAGCUUUCCAGUAUUCUGUGGGGAAUUUACAGGUAUUAUGCAUUUUAAUGCUGACAUAUUGCACAUGCUAACAAAUGCACAAUACCCUUUCUUCAAAUACCUGCUUGUAGAACACACUGCCCAUUGAAGUUAGGCAGCUCCCUUAUUGUACAUGUUUCGUUGGAAGCUAAAAACUUAUUUCUUUUUACAGGCUGUCACAGAAUGAUGACUUACAGGCAAUAUCAGAUGGCUUUUUUUGAGAACUGUUAUAUCUGUUUUUAUUUUUUGUAUUUUAAUGGAUUGUUGUAUUUUAGCUAUGGUCUUUUGUAAUGUUUAGAAGUUUAUAACCAUCCCAGAUAAAUACUUUUCUUUUAAUGUGCAUAAUAUGAAUGGGUCCCCACAAGCCUCAGACUUGUGAUCCUUCCUUUCCCACUUACUGCACAGCUGCACAGUAGAGUUCAGAAUCUUUCAUGUCUACUUUUGUGUCUGGAAACUGUAGUUAACCACAGUUCCUUGUGUUGCUAACAUUAACUAUGGUUAGUUUAAAACAAGCCAACCAUGGUUUCUGCAGCUAGUUUGUUUGAAUUAACCAUAGAUAAUGAUGAUGAUAAUAAUAAUAAUAAUAAUAAUAAUAAUAAUUUAUUAUUUAUACCCCGCCCAUCUGGCUGGGUUUCCCCAGCCACUCUGGGUGGCUUCCAACGAAUAUUAAAAACAAUACAGCAUCAGACAUUAAAAACUUCCCUAAAUAGGGCUGCCUUCAGUUGUCUUUUAAAAGUAAAAUAGUUGUUUAUUGCCUUGACAUCUGCUGGAGGACAUUCCACAGGGCAGGCGCCACUACCAAGAAGGCCCUCUGCCUGGUUCCCUGUAACUUCACUUCUCGCAGCGAGGGAACCACCAGAAGUCCCUCGACGCUGGACCUCAGUGUCCGGGCUGGAUGAUGGGGGUGGAGACGCUCCUUCAUAUAUACAGGACUGAGGUUGUUUAGGGCUCUAAAGGUCAGCACCAACACUUUGAAUUUUGCUCGGAAACGUACUGAGGGCCAAUGAAGAUCUUUCAGGACUGAUGUUAUAUGGUCUCAGCAGCCACUCCGUCACCAGUCUAGCUGCCGCAUUCUGGAUUAAUUGCAGUUUCCGAGUCACCUUCAAAGGUAGCCCCACGUAGCAACAUAACAAGUUUUGGUUAACUAAAAGCUGCUGAACUCCUCACAAUCUAUGGGAGGAGGAGGGUAUGCGAGUCUGAGGCAACACUAUGCCUCAUUCAAAGUAUGCUGAUUCAUCUUUAGUAUGAUGUUUGAACAUGGCCACACACAUUCACACAUGCCUAAUCUUUUAGUUAUUUAAGGAGACAGCAAGUGUGAUCACCCAUAUGGGUUGACACUGAUCGUAUCAGUUAUACAAUCUUUGGGGGAACUGCAGUGAAUUUUAUGAUGCAAUGAAUAUAUAAGCUCAACAUGUUUGAACAAUAAAGUCUUUUGCACAUUCUAUCACUACCUUAGGAUGCAUUUAACUUCUAUUAAGCAACUUAUAUAGAAAUGACAGAAAACCUCUCAAUGUUCUUGGACUCAAGCCCCAUCAGCAGUCAUCAUGGCCAAUAGUCAGGGAUGAUGCAAGUUGUGAUCCAGUAAUAUUUGGAGGAUCACAGGUCCCCCAUCUCUGUUAUAUGGAUUUACAUUCUCUUACUCUCUCUAGUCUUAUACCAUUUUAGCUUGUUUUGUUCUUAAUGUAGGGGGUAAAACACUUCCUAAGAAGAAACAGCAGCAAAAGAGCUUUUUCAAUACUAGCACUAUAAUCACUUCCCAGAAGAACAAUGUAGCUUGCCGCUUAUUGUCAGCCAGGCUUCACAAAGUUAAAGAGUUGAAAAAUGAAGUGUCUGUUCUGAAGAAAAAACUGGAGGCAUCUAACAUGGAAAAUCAGAUCUUGAAGCGGCUUCAAUAUCGACAUUUGAAAGCAAUAAGUAAAUACGAAAAUGCAGAGACAAAUCUGCCUGAUCUUCUAGCAAAACAGUGUGGUGAAGUGAGGACUCUAAGGGUACUUCUUAGGAAAUCUCAAGAGCAGGAGCGCAGUGCGUCCAAGAAACUUAGAGAAGUUGAGGCACAACUACUAAAGACAAAAGAUACCUUACUGGCAUUGCAGAAACUUUCAGAAGACAAGAAUCUCGCAGAAAGAGGAGAACUUAGACGCAGGUUAAACACCCUCACACAAAGAAUGGAAAUUGGUGAUAAGAGAAUUCAGGUACUAAUGUGCAGUAUAUUAAUGUGCAGUGUAACUAGAAUUACAGCAAGAAAUAUCAGAGUGCUGCUAGAUUUCUAAUUAACAGUCCUGGCCAAGCUAUUGUUCAGAUGUGCAGGAGUUCCUGAGUGUGCUGAGGCUUUCCUAUUUACCCUAGGGAUGGGGACAGCUCUGUACACAGAUCACCAUAAUGCACAGAGGACACCUGCUCAGGCAGGAACUCCAUGUGCAUAACUACACACUUGGAGCUUAGGAACCAGAACAGCUUAUUUCAAAGCUAUUAUUCUCGUAUUUACUCGUAUGCAAUGUGCACCUUUUUUGGCCAAACUACGUUGUGAAAAUUAGGGUGUGCAUUAGAUUUGAUGGUGCAUUAGAUUCGCAUAAAUACAGUAGUAUUAAACCUUAUUACUUUCAGAUUUUGUUUCAUUUUAAAUUGCAGUCUAGAGUUGUAGUGUUUGUUUUUGGUUUAGAGCCUUGUGCAUGGGAAUCAAUAGUUUUUUUACAUGGGAUUGGUCACUAGUACCCCAAUUACAGACAAGGAAUUGAGAUUAACAGGAUGAUUCUAUACAUUCUGGUAUAGGAUAGUAGCCUCACAAGGCCUGGGUAUAGUUAUUUAGAAAUAAGGCCCAUUGAAAUUAAUGCUCCAUCUGAGUAAAUGUGUUUAGAUUAAUAGUGAUUUGCCAAAAGCCACUAAGGCAGCCCUGCCCUGCAUCUUUGAGAUGGGAAAAGAAACAGAGCAGGACCCAUCAAGUCAUCCCACACCUUAGAGUACUGUAGUCCAUCAUUAAAAUGGACUACUAAAAGCAACUGCACAGCUCCGUAUCUGCCAAACUGAAGUUUCAGGUAUAUGGGUCAGUCCACACUUUAUGUAUGUUUGAGCCCUCCCUAUUUUCUGCUUUGGAGUAUGGAAGAAGAAACCCACUAAAGGAGUAGGAAUGGCUAAAGAGGCUGGUAGAACUGACUUAGCCUCACCAUGUAUUUUUCACUGACCCACUGUAUUUAUGUGGCUCUAAUGCACCAUCAAAUCUAAUGUGCACCUCAAUUUUCAGAACCUCCAAACCAAAAGGGUACUUGCUGGUGCCAUCAAAUCUAAUGUGUGCCCUAAUUUUUGCAGCAUAAUUUGGCCAAAAAAGGUGUGCAUUACAUUCAAGUAAAUACAGUAUUUUCACUAACUAACUGCUAUGGGAAUGGAUGAUUCUCCUUCUAGAUUUCAAAAGAGAGGUAGGGAGAGAAUACAUGAUACAAUAUUUCUGAUUAUGGAUACAAUUUCCUACCACACUUGUUUACCAUAAGCAUACUUGUUCUCAUUAUUUAAAAAAUCAAAUUAUUUUUAAUAGUAGUGUAAACCCCUGAUAUCAUUAAUAAGAAUGGGGAUUUUCAUCUUUCCAAAGAAGUUUAUUAAAAUUUGCAAUGUCUGUUGUAGUACUUCGGUCCUGUUACAUUUAAUAUUGUAUGAUUUUCAGUAGACAGGAGAUAAAGUACAUGGUCAUGCGUUUGUAAUAUCUUUAGGUCUUAGAAAAGCAGCUGCUGUUGAAUAAUACCUCCUUUAGUCAUCAGUUAGCAGUUGAGAAGAAAAAGACUCUUGAAGCUCAGUUGAUUACCACGAAUUUGCAAAUGGAAAUCAAGUCGCUUAACCAAAAAAUCAAGGUAUUUAAGCCUCAAGUUUAUUUUACUAUAAGAGAAUUAGCAAUUUAUAGAGAGCAUUUGCACAUCUUACAAUGUCUAGUACAGGCGAGGGGAGAUGCUGCUUUAAAAACAUGUAUUCUAGUGCAAAAAUAAAAGUAUUCUUAAGUAUGGCUAUUAAACAAUGUGAGAACAGAUUGAUUAUUUGGUUUCUUGUGUUUCAAGUAUCAGACAUUAUAAGCUGUGAACGAUAAAAUAUAGUGAGAUUUUGUUUGUUUAUAAUUAGAUUCAUGGCCGCUUUGGGGUCACAUGUCCUCAAAAAGUAGCUUAAAAUACUAUAAUCAUUAUAAAAGGCAAUACAAGUAACAAGAAAAUCAGUUCACAAAUUGAAACUAAGAUAGCAGCUAGACAAGAUAAAACACUGGCAGGGAUUUUAAAAUCCUUGUCAAAUUGGUGAGUUUAACCAUCUGCCUGAAACUUUCUUUGGAGCAGGUUUGUCAAAUCUCCCUUAGGAGGGUGUUCCACUUAAUGGAUGCGACUACAUAAAGCUGAAGUGGUCCAUUUGUUUUAAAAAAAAAAAGCUAUAGCACAUUUACAAGUAAAUAGUUAAUACUGUUGCACAAAUGUCAGAUAUGAAGCAAAGGUUGAGCUAAAUACUCACCAGCUUUGAUUUUUGCUUUAGAAGUUACCCUUUUAGUAACUUGCAGUUCAACUUGUAGUGCCAAGAAUUAGUGCUUUCAAUACCACAUUGUCAUUGUCAGGAACAGCUGUGGUGCCAUGGAGUCCCAUAGCAAACGUAAAACAGGAAUAGGGAACCUUUCUGGUCCUCAGGAGUCUCCCCGGGUCACACAUGCUCCCCACUCACCAGCUAGCUCUGCUUUGUACCCUUCCUGUGUUCUUGCCUGGCUGGAAUGUGUCCUGUGAGUGUGAAGAAAGCCUCCUGCACAAAUGUUAAAUUCCUAUUUGUUGUUCUACCCACGUUUGCCUCUGAUCCCACCCACCAUUGGUAUGUGGCCCCCAGAAGGUUGUCCAAAAGAGAAUAUGGCCUUCAGAUGAAAGAGAUUCCCCCCACCCAAUCUAAAAGGACAUGCCGGAUAGAAUUCUCAGGGGCAAUCUCAGCCAAACAAGCUCCAUCCUUCUUUCGAGUAACAAGCGAAAGAAUAUUUGGCCUGUUGAAAUUAUGACUAAGCAAAGAUGCUUUUUACGGAGAAUAAAAUAAGAUGGUGCUUUAUGGAAGAUGUAUAGUGAAUUCAACUAAUUAGGCCACAUAGAUAAUUGAGGUCCAUAUAAUAAAUUGUAUUGCAUUUUUUUAGCUUACUGCUGUGUUUUUAUAGGAAAAAGAACGAGAACUUGGUGUGAGAAAUAUUUAUGCAAAUCGGAUGCUUAAAGGUCAACAGGACAAAGGUGGUUCAGAGUCUCCCCCCAAAGGUAGCAUAAUGGUUUUCUGCUCAUUUUUAAUGUGGAAUGUCGCUUUCAUGUGUCAAAACUGUAUUAGAAAACUCUGCAGUAUUUAUUAUUAUUUUUAAUGACUGCAAUGUCUCCCUCCCUCUGACCAGCCUAAAAGAGAUCCACUGAUGCCUCUGGCUCAGCACUUUGAUGUACUGCUCACUAAAAGAGUGGGUGGUAUCACUGGUGAAAUCAAACAGAAAGCCCCAAAGGGUGGUGUUCCGGUGAGUGGAAGGGGCUGAGCUGCGCUGGGAUCCACCAGAUUCUGAGUCAGCUCCACUGCCAGCACAUGAUGGCACUGGGCCAAUCUAGACCCACUCACUAUGCCAGUCCCUGGCUGGUAUAGUGUACAGGAGGUUUUUAUCUCCCCUGCUUCCCACUUUCUACCCUGGCUGGUGUGAGCAGUAGCACCUAUGCUGCACAAAGACUGCUGUUGUCCAGCCAGGGUUAGGGAUUGCUCUGCCAUCAGCAACUUACUGAACUGAGGUUUCAGCAACAAGUUCUAAAUAUCAGCAACAGUUUUGUAUUUUUAAAAAUCUCAACAUUAUUUUACAGUUUUUUCAUAACUUUAUGGCUUUGAGAAUGAUUGGGCUGGGGGUUAAUCAGAAGUAAAUUGGCUAGAUUACUGUGCAAGAUUUAAAACUUUGUAUCAUUGUCAUUCCAUAAGAAAAGCCAAUCCACUCUAGGUACACAUUUCGGUACAUAGCUCCCCCUAGUCCUCAGUCUGCAAUUUCUACUGUCCUGAUUAAGUGUCUUGGGUAAGCCUACAUUUGAUAUCACACCAGCAAAAUAAGAGUGCCCAUAAUAUCAUUUCAAUUUUUGUUCAGUUGCAAGUAUUAAUAGUACAUAUUUGCAAGAUAUGUCAUUGCAUUUUCCUGUGCUCUGUAAUUUUUGUAGGGCUGAUGAAAUACCCAAAUGCAGCAUCAAAUGUUUAAUUAUAACACAACAAGCUAUAUCCAACAGCUUGGUUUACAGUUAGAAAUAUGGAGAUGGUACAGUAAAGCAGCCUGCAUAUUGACUGCAGCCCUCAUGGAACUGUCCCCUCACAUUGGGUAGGGUUAACAUUAUAGCCCCUCCUGUUGACCAGUUAAAGCUCCAUGAAUACUACUGCACAAUAUGUAUCUAGGGGUGUGUAUGUGUAUAUAUGUUUAUCUAUAGCUGUGUGUGUAUACACUUGCAAGCACACGUUUCUUUGUUUAUUUAUAGUUGCAAUCCUAUACAUACUUACCUGAGAGUAACACUCAUUGAACUGAGUAGACAUGUCUAUCAUUGUAAAGAAAGACAGCAAUCUCCUGCACAUUUUGGGGGGAGUAAGUCCAGUUAUGGUGCCCACUUAUGCACUGCUCCACCACAAGAGUAUAUGCACCAAACACAAAAGAGAGAAAAGGUGCACAUUUGUAUGUGCUAAUUUAUAUUCAUAGGUGCAAAUUUAAAAACCAAUAUAGUAGUAGUAAUAAUAAUAAUAAUAAUUUAUUAUUUAUUAUUUAUACCCCGCCCAUCUGGCUGGGUUUCCCCAGCCACUCUGGACUGCUUCCAACAAAAUAUUAAAAUACAGUAGUCUGUCAAACAUUAAAAGCCUCCCUAAACAGGGCUGCCUUCAGAUGUCUUCUAAAAACUAUUAUAUGUAAACUAUUAUAGUAUGUAAACUACUAUAGUUUACAUUUUACAGAAGGCAAACCAAAUGAUUUACCAUUCAAAUCACUUCGAAUAAACUCUUAUGCUAAUGGGCAUCCCCACUCCUGAUCACCCACACCAUUUCUUCAAUUAAUUCAACUCAUCAAUUGCCACAUAAUUAAUUAGCCUUAGUUAGUUCAACUAAAUAAAAAAUAAAUUGGUGUGAUUCCCUGUGAGAUAAAAUGGCAAGUGGGUGGUCUUUUCAUUCUUCCUUUUUGUACUUAAUUAAGCCAAAGGCCGCUGUUCCACCAUAUGAACUUAAAUCCCAACCGUGGGGGAACAAUGUCAUUUCUGUUUCCUUUCAAUGGACAUCAGAAAAAGAAAUGGCUAUCUCUAUGUAGCAGAAGCUAUUUCCCAGCCAGGGAAAUGGCAUUUGAGGUUUCAGUUGGUGGGGCAGCAGCAAGGUGGCAGAACAGCUCAGCUGCUGGCCUGCUUUUUGCUUAAUUAAGUAAAGAAAAAAAAUGGGGCCAGAUAGCGAAGACCACCCACUGGCGAAUUCAGCUCAUCUUGUAUGUCCAGUACUGGACUAAGGCAGAGGACCUUGAAGUACCAACCUCUCUGAGGACAUCUGAGAUGAAACUAGCUUUGCUUGUGUGUGCAGCUCAAAGGUGGGUUUCUCAGUAAGCCACGAAACAAAAAGUAACACCUUACUCUAGCUUUUUCAAACAACUUGGACUGCUUAACGUAUGCCACACCAAAUGAGUCCUUAAAAAAUGGGAAGGAGGGACUCCAGCUUUAUGGAAGAGGAACUACUUUGCAUGUAGAAUCUCCAACAUCCCUAAGUAGUACUGAGAAUGCACUGUCUAAAAUCCUGAAGAGUCACUGCCAGUUGGUGGAGAGAGUCCAAGCAAUUGCAAUUCCUGUAGCACCAUUGCAAUGACCCAAACAUCCAGUCCAAGUUGGUAGGCUAGGGGCAGCAUUUUGCACUGUAGCUUCCAGGCAGUCAUAUCUAUAACAUGUUAUAGUACCUGAUCCUGGAUGUUACCAGAACACAGAUUACCAUGGCCAGGCUCUCUCUACAACCUCAACUGAUGAAAGGUGCUUCAUUCCAUAGAGGCUGUGUAGGCCUCCACUGACCCAACUUUUAAGGGAAAGGUAAUCCAUCAAGUAAAGGCUAAAUGCCAUCUCCCUGAAUUGAUGAAGCAUCUGCCCAUAGAACGUUUUUCUCAGGAUUGAAUUUCAGUUUAUUGUCCCAUAUUUAGCCCACCACCAAUUCCAGACAUAAGCAUUUCAUAUUCAUUUUUCAGGAGUGCAGAGGGGAUACAUCUCAAUAUUUACUUCCUCUUGUCUUUUCAUAGCUGUCAAUGUCUCCAAGUCGGUACAAGUAGAUGUGAAUCUAGAAGCAACAGCUCUUCAAAAGCACGAGGCAGAGAAAAGUUCAGUUGUUUUUUUAACAGAGGUAUGGCAGAUCUGAAUUAAUCCUUUUACAACUCUAAACCACUCUUGUUCAUGCUGUGUUGUGCCUUAUAGCUUCAUUUCUUAACAUACAUUCAGUUUCCUGAAUCAUAUCACAGUGACAUUGUGAAAAUAACAUUGUCCUCAUUGAAAUGUCCUCUGGGCUGCAUCAAUAGGAGUAUAGCAUCUAGAUCAAGGGAAGUAAUAGUGCCACUGUAUUCUGCUCUGGUCAGACCUCACCUGGAGUACUGUGUCCAGUUCUGGGCACCACAGUUCAAGAAGGACACUGACAAACUGGAACGUGUCCAGAGGAGGGCAACCAAAAUGGUCAAAGGCCUGGAAACGAUGCCUUAUGAGGAACGGCUAAGGGAGCUGGGCAUGUUUAGCCUGGAGAAGAGGAGGUUAAGGGGUGAUAUGAUAGCCAUGUUCAAAUAUAUAAAAGGAUGUCACAUAGAGGAGGGAGAAAGGUUGUUUGCUGCUGCUCCAGAGAAGCGGACACGGAGCAAUGGAUCCAAACUACAAGAAAGAAGAUUCCACCUAAACAUUAGGAAGAACUUCCUGACAGUAAGAGCUGUUCGACAGUGGAAUUUGCUGCCAAGGAGUGUGGUGGAGUCUCCUUCUUUGGAGGUCUUUAAGCAGAGGCUUGACAACCAUAUGUCAGGAGUGCUCUGAUGGUGUUUCCUGCUUGGCAGGGGGUUGGACUCGAUGGCCCUUGUGGUCUCUUCCAACUCUAUGAUUCUAUGAUUCUUUGAUUCUAUGAAAUAGGUUUACUUCAUCAUUGAGGUGACUCCAGCUUGCAUGAAACAUUGAGCCAAAUGCUGGCUAGCGCAAACAAGCAAAUAUGCUGGUUCCUAAAGUACGGACCAUGGUGGCAGCUGCACUCUUCCUAAGCCCUGUGUGGCUGUCAUGACCUGUGGCUUGUCUUUGUCUUAUGAUGGAACCUUGGUUCAUGGUUUGUCUUGCUCCAAAUAAGCCAUGAGCUAUAGGCUUCUUACUGGCUUGCCACUCAUAGUUUUUCAGGGCUAAUGCAUUACUUGAGUUAGUGUUAUGUGCAAAGCAUGUGAACCGCCCUGAGACCUGUGGGUAUAGGGUGGUAUAUAAAUUUAUUGAAUAAUAAAAUAAUAAUGAGAAGAGGGACUCACUUUUCAGUAAACACGCUGAGGAUUGUUGUGUUAGCUUGGGUAAACAAGUCCAACUGUUAUAAUUAAGGGCUAGAUAAGACAUAUUCACAAGGAACCUAAUGUUGUAUUAUUUGCUCUUGGCACAGUUGUAUGAACACCCAGUGAAAAAAUCUGUGCAAGUGCCUCCACCAUAUAUUAGAGUAUGACUGCAGCAUCCUCUGCUUUGAAGAGGAUAUUGAGAUAGUAAUUACAUUUUAGCAACGGGAUAGUGAAGGGAAAAGGGGCUGUGAACUUAAAUUGCCUUGCAGAGUUUUUCUUCACCACUCCUAUGCUUGAUAAGGACAUGAAAGAGAAACUGUGGAUUUCUCAUUGCAUAUCAGUUUUUGUCCAGUUCCUGGAUAAGAGCAGGAAAUGACAGACAUGCUUGCACUGCACACUUUUCAUGGGUUGCACCACUAUGUUGGGAGAUUCAGGACAGGGGGAAAGUACUUCUUCACAUGGUGCAUAGCAGUGAUGGACAACAGCUAAGAUGACUUUAAAAGGGUUUUAGGCAGAUUCAUGGAGGACAAGGCCAUCAAUGGCCUAGUCUUGAUGGCUACGUUUCCUCCAGUAUUGAAGGCCUAUAUCCCUGGGUACCAGUCGCUGAGGAUCUUGAGCAGGGGAGUGCUAUUGUGAUCAUGUUCUACUUGUGAGGCAUUGCCAUCUGUGUAAGCAGAAUGCUGACAUAAACCUUUGGUCUGAUCCAGGUGGCAUCUUAAGUUCAUACAACAGGACUUGUGAGGAAAGCAAAAAACCCUCCUUGCCACUUUGUUUCUGUGAUUUAUGGUCAGAAAAUCACAGGGGACAAGUCCUUGUUUUAUUUAACAGACAUUUUUCUACUCUGAAUGAGCCUCUUGGGCUUGCUGAUUAGAAGAUUGGCGGUUCGAAUCCCCGCGACGGGGUAAGCUCCCAUUGCUGUCCCAGCUCCUGCCAACCUAGCAGUUUGAAAGCAUGCCAGUGUGAGUAAAUAGGUACCGCUGUAGCAGGAAGGAAAAGGAUGUUUCCAUGCAUUCUGGCACUCAUCAUGAUCCUCCAUGCCCCAGUAGCGGUUUACUUAUGCUGGCCACAUGACCCAGAAAGCUGUCUGUGGACAAACGCCGGCUCCCUCGGCCCUGAAAGCGAGAUGAGCGCUGCAACCCCAUAGUCGCCUUUGACUGGACUUAACUGUCCAGGGGUCCUUUACCUUUAUCUUCCUGUGUUGUGGACUUUAGUGUGUUGGGACUCAUGUGAUCCCACUCAUUUUAGACCAUCUCCAAACAAAGUAUGAGGCUGAAGCCAGCGUAUGCUUAAGCCUAUGUUAAUUUGCUGGGAGUUCAGAUAGAUUCUGUCUACUUUAUGGAGGCAAAUUAGGUCAUGGAUUGAGAACUGAAAUCUAUCCAUCACUUGCUGCUAUUCAAAGACAUUAGAAAGCUACAAAGUGCAAAUCAAACUGACAUAUAUGUGUUUUUCUUUCUAUUAUUUCUUUAGGAGUUGACAACCAAAGAUAUUAAUUGCAAAGACAAACUAUGUGAUGUGGAUAAAGAGAUGGAAUCAAAAACAGAAGUUCAUCAAAAUCAAAAAUUAACAAUGCAACAGAUUUCGAAUAUAGCAUGCACAGGUAUCUUAACAGUAUUUCGAAUCUGAUGUGUCUACAGAUUUAGCAAAUCUUUCAGCAGCAGUAAAGUCUUUUUUCAGCCCAAAGGGCAGAUUAUUUUAGUGUAAUACUCUUGAGCCAGGCUGGAUGGGGCCAGACCCAAAAGGAACAGUACCAGACAGGCAGUCACUCAUUUAACAUAUAAACACAAUCAUACACACUGCCCCUUCUGUCCUCUGCUCAACCUACCUCUUCUCAGCUGACACAUGGAAUUCAGCUAAGCAGUGGGUGGGGAAUUCCCAGAAGCUGAUUUGCUAAGGGUGCUGAUUCUGUGUUUAAGGUCAUUUGUAGCUACUAAAUCUGUUUUAAUGUUUUAGUGUUUUAAUUUCUGUCUGAAUAUAAAAAUUAUGAUAUAAAAAUAUUGACUGACUUCUAAGAAUUUUUACUGUUGAAAUAAUAAUAUUCUUUUGUAGAGUUAUUAGGGGAAGAGAUAUGUCCAAAUACAGAAAAACUUUUCAGAUGUGAAAACCUAGAAAGACAGAAAAACAGGAGAGAAAGACAAAGGCUCAACUUGUUGAAAGAAGAGUUUGAGAAAUUAAGGACAGACCAAGCAUUGGAGUCCACACAUGACAUCCAACAAAAAAUGAAUAACCAGGAAGAAGUUGCAACUGAAAAACAAGAAAAUGAGCCAAAACAAGUGAGCUGUGAUAAGAUGGAAACAGUAACACAAAGAUACAAAACACCAUCCACAUUAAAGAAACAGUAUGUAUUUUCAGAAGCUGUUGAAAAUUUGCAUCAAGGAUACCCUUCAACAGGUCCACUGUCCAACACGAGCACCACCUGCAGUAGUAGACAAGUGAAUAGACACCAGGGUGAAAUACCUGAGUUAAAGGCAGAAAAUUCAAGCAGUGCCUAUGAACCGUCAUUUGGUAAGGUUACCAAAACAAGGCAAAAGGACACCAUGUCGACGCUUGGCAAAGAACACAUUCCUGCAGUAUCAACAGAAAAGAAAACCACUCUUAUGGAAGAACUCUUUGGUCCAAGCUGCAUCUUAAAGGACAGUCACUCAAAACUUAAUUUAAAAGAGGCAGUUAAGGAAAAAAAAACUUUGAUGAGUGAAAAGUCUUAUGAGAUUUCACAAGUCAAUGAUGGCUUGCAGUGUGGCGAUUCCAAACAAGCCCAUAUAAAGGUUUUCCAUACAUUUGCCUUCCUGGAAAACUUUAAAUAAUUACUGCCAUAAUUUAACAAUAUUUUCAGCUUAAAACACACACAGUAUAUGAAAAUAAUUCAUUAACUGCUGCAGACUGGGUCCCCCCCCCCAGAGAAAGUUUCAUUUACCAUAAGUAGUAGACAUUUUAUAUUCCAUUGCAGGAAAACAUGCAUGCAAGUUAUCAGUUUAUAUUUAACAAUGAAAUCAUCAUAUUGCAGUGCAUUUUUAAAAAUUAAAAUGAAGCACAAUGACAGGUCUAUUACUAGAGCUCUAAAUAAGAAUACAUUGGAAAGAAUUGCAUUGAAUAGGCAUUGGUGGUAAAGCUUAUUGGGGAAAAAGACAGUUAAUGCGUAUUUACAAUAGAAAAAUGAGGCACUGCAUAACUUUUCUCACUUAUUCCAUUCCACAAAGCCUCUUAAAUGAAUGCAGUGAUUCAAAUUAUCUACAUGGUCCCAGUUAGGAAAGUGAAUACUUAGAUGAAGUGGCCUUCAAAUGGGGUGCUUUUGACCCAGCCAUGUUGAUUUGUGUAAUCUGAUAUAGACAUAAUGGGUGCAAGUUAUGGGGCUGUUGCCAGAAAGAAGAAUGACAGUAAGGCCUAUUUUAUUAACUCUCAAAUUUGGCCAUCUUCAGACUACACAGACUAAUUCAUCUGUCUAUACAAAUUUCUCACUGCAGGAAGAUAUGUUGGUUACAGUAAUUUCUAUGGUUAUAAUUGGAUAUCCAUAUUGUUUUUUACUAUUGUAACUGAACCCCAAAUAUGGAAAACAGGUAACAUUCGAAACAGCCAUUAAAAGCUCUUCCUCUAAUCAAACAUUCUUGGUAAUUUAAAUAUUAAAUAUUGUGCUACCCAC